AUAUUAAUUAAAGAGAUAAUUGUGAGACGUGGGGCGUCUUUGUGUUGUGGUUGCUUUCUUUCCCCUCCGCCCCCACUUCCUGUCAACUUUCUCCAACAAGUGUGAUGUGGGUCAAUGUUGUCAUCCAGUGAAAGCCAGAAAAUUAACGAAAAUGACUACAAACAGCAUGUUUGCGAGGUUCACGUUUUACCCCACUUUGUUCUAUAAUGUGGUUAUGGAGAAAAUCUCGUCGCGGAGGUGGUUUGACAGGAUCGACGACAAUGUUAUUUUGGGGGCUUUGCCGUUUCCGAGUCUCACGAGACGGCUUCUGGAAGAGGAAAACGUGAAAGGAGUCAUUUCCAUGAACGAGGAUUACGAACUGUUCCUCGCCAACAACGGCAAGAGAUGGAACGCCUACGGUGUUGAGUUUCUCCAAUUGGCCACAACUGAUAUAUUCGCAACUCCAUGUCAACAAAAAUUAAACGAUGGUGUUAGUUUCAUCUACAGGGUGGUCAAUAAAGAGCCAGAAUUGGGUGAACCCAAAAAACCCACAGUUUAUGUCCACUGUAAGGCGGGUAGGACCCGUAGUGCGACCCUAGUCGGUUGUUACCUCAUUAAGAGAUACAAUUGGACCCCUGAACAGGCUGUAAGACACAUGCAAGACAAGCGUUCACAUAUCUUACUUCACACCAAACAGUGGGAAGCUUUGAGAGUCUUCUACGAGGACAACAUUCCAAAAACGUAGACAAUAAUCGUAAUUUUUAGGUAAUUUAUUGACAAUAAUUCAUAAAUUAAAACUUCUUGUAAUUUACAAAGGUUUGAGGCGGUAAUAUAGACUCAAAAGUGA